AUGGCCAUAUGGAUCUAGUAACAAAAAUUAAGAUUCCCACAGUUAUUUACCUGAUACGAAAUCUUGAAAAAUAUUGAUAUGCAACUAUGAUAGGUCGUCAGAACUAUUUGGUUUUACAUAAAUCAGAAUGGGAUAGACUAAGAAGAAAAUCAAAUCCCGAUUCCACUGACAACAAAAGAGAGGAAUAUUUCAAAGCCUUAAAUGAACAGUCACAAAAGUGGAUGAAGCUUUGGCCAGAUACAGUACAGGGACGUGUGUAUCAGUUGAAAAAACAAAAAACCAUAGAACACCACAAACAUAUACAGACUGUAAAAGAAUUUGUUCUAAAAAAGAAACAAUAUGAUACGGCCGACGCAAUCAAAAGAGCCAAAGAGCAAAUUUUUGCAGACAGUUGCUAUGGAAGACAAUUAUUAAGCGCUCUUCUAGAGUCGAAAACUUUAGAAGAAAGAGACCUGCAAUUAAAAUUUAAAAAAGAAUUAAAUGAAAACAUUUCAAAAAUUGCUCAGUCUAACAAACCAAAAAGUUUGUCCUUACGAGAUGCUGAACAAAUGGAAGUCGAUGAAAUAAUAAAUAUAUCGCGAAGAGAUCAAAUUGCUAAAGAAGUAGCGAAAAUUAAUAUAGAAAUGUUUGAAAUGAAGAAAGAAAGAAGAUUAAAAGAAAAAGAAGAAAAGAAACUGGAACUUGAAGAUGCAAUAUUGAACAACGAAUUUCUGAAAAAAUAUACCGAGAUUGAGUCAAAAUUGGCGUAUCAAGAGAAAGAAGAAAUAAAAGAAUACGAAGCAGAAAAUAAAAAAAUUAAAGACUUUCGAGCAAAAAGAGAAGAACAGGAAGAACUAAAAAGGGAAAUAUGGCAAAAAUAUCAAGAUAGGAUAAGAAACAGAGAGAAAGCUGUUUUAUAUAAGUUACACCAUGAGAAAUACGAUUCGCCUCAGUGCCAGAAAAUCUUCAAAACCAUUCAAAACAUUGAAAAGAAGAAGAAUAAUAAAUAUGAUGAAUUCAUUAAAAAAGGCAUCGAACGAUGGUUAGAUCGAUCUUACAAACGAGAACAGAAAGAAAUUGAGAACAAAACUUCCCUACGCAAUGAAAGGAAAUUAUUGGAUGAAGAAAAUAAAAUUCAAGCUGAAUUACAAAAUCGCAGACGUUUGCAGGAGAUAGAAAAAUGUGCAUCUUACAGACAAUGCAUUCUACCAAAAGGUUGUGGAGCAAAAAAACAUGAGAGUAUGAUAAAGAAGGAUGUCCCUACUCCUUCAUUUUUACUACCAAGAAACAAGCAGCUAGAGGACCUUAAAGUCCGCCAAACGGAGCCUACCCCCUGGAGCGCAUUGAAACCAGCGCACGAACAGUUUUCCCAGCACGCUAGCAAAACUUUACAGGAGUGCCGGUACAAAAACGCUGCCAGGAAAGUUGUUGAUAAUUAUAGAAGAGUUAACUGUUUGGACUCAAAAUCACUUCCAGUUUCUAAUUAUUAUUAAUGUUUUAUAAUAUGUUUUUAUGGUUUAAUUUGGUAAAAAUAAAAUAAAAGACAUGUUUCGACAAUCAUUAUACUACAUUUUAUUUUAUACUAAACACUUAUUUACAAAACCUCUCCUUACUCCUUACUUCUUGUUAAAUACGAUGCAAUGACAUUCCGAUGUUCCUACUGAUUUGAGAUAAAUUUUAUUUAAAUUGGAAUAUUGGAUAAUAUUGCUGUUAAUUAUAAUACAAAAUAAAUAACAUCUAAUUCUAGUCAAAACUUUUGUGUACAGUCGAACGCAUAAUUUAUUAUUAGUUUUAAAUAUGAAGAUAUAAGGAAUGUCCGCCCGACUGUAGCUUGUACUACGUAAAAAUGAUUGCAGAAAGAUAAAAAGUUAAAUUUAAAAAUAGCUAAAUUUGAAACUAAUUUUGUUUAUCAUGGAUAAUUUAAACAAAAGUAGUUACAAACAUUAAUAAAUCGAUCGCUUAAUAAUAAAUACGAAUACUUGAAAUACAGUUGGAAUAAUUUUAAAUUCAAUGAUAUUUCUUACUACAAUACGUAUGUAUGCGUACGUCAAGAAAUGUAUUCGUACGCGUGUAUUUGUAUUGAAAAUCAUCUUAACAUAACUAAUCAAUUUAUGUAUUAAGUAUUUCGCACACUGAAAACAAAAAUGGCACUAUUCAAAAAUUGGUGAUUCUGAGUUACAACUACAUUCAUCUU